CUCUCUGAAGAAAACUUUCUCAACACAACAGCAGAAUCUCUGACAAACACUGACUGUCAACAUGUCUGCUGCCAGCUGUCUGCUGACUGAAGAUCAGUUUCUGUGCUCCAUCUGUCUGGAUGUGUUCACUGAUCCAGUCAGCACACCAUGUGGACACAACUUCUGUAAAACCUGCAUCACUAAACACUGGGAUAAAAAUGUCCUGUGUCAGUGUCCCAACUGUAAUAAGACUUUCAACAUCAGACCUGAACUGCAGGUCAACACGUUCAUCUCUAAGAUGGCUGCUCAGUUCAGACAGUCAGCUCAACAGAAAGCCAGCAGCAGCAGCUCAGAGCAACAAGUUUCCAAACCAGGAGAAGUUCCCUGUGACAUCUGCACUGGAACCAAACUGAAGGCCCUGAAGUCCUGCCUGGUGUGUCUGGCCUCCUACUGUGAGACUCACCUGGAGCCUCAUCUGACAGCUAAACAGCUGAAAAGACAUCAGCUGAUCGACCCUGUGGAGAACCUGGAAGACAGGAUGUGUACGAAGCACGAUAAACUGCUGGAGCUGUUCUGUAAGACCGACCAGAUGUGUGUCUGCAUGCUCUGCACCUAUUCAGACCACCAGGGACAUUCUGUUGUUCCUCUGAAAGAAGAAUGUGAAGGAAAGAAGGCCGAGCUGGGGAAGAGAGACGCUGAAAUUCAGCAGAUGAUCCAGAAGAGACGACUGAAGAUUGAGGAGAUGAAGCGCUCAGUGCAGCUCAGUAAGAAAGAUGCAGACAGAGAGAUAGCAGCUGGUGUUCAGGUCUUCAGAGCUCUGAAGGAGUCUGUUGAGAGAAGCCAGGCCGAGCUCAUGGACACCAUCAAAGAGAAGCAGAGAGAGACAGAGAAACAGGCUGAAGGCUUCAUCAAAGAGCUGGAACAGGAAAUCUCGGAGCUGGAGAAGAGAAGCUCUGAGGUGGAGCAGCUCUCACAGUCUGAAGACCACCUCCACCUCCUCCAAAGCUUCUCAUCACUGAACACUGCUCCACCCACCAAGGACUGGACAGGAGUCAGCAUCCGUCCACCUUCAUAUGAGGAGACUGUGGUGAGAGCUGUGAAUCAGCUGGAGGAGACGCUCAGUAAACAGAUGAAGAAGGUCGAGCUGAAGAGGGUCCAGCAGUAUGCAGUGGAUGUGACACUCGAUCCUGAUACAGCACAUCCUGCUCUCAUCCUGUCUGAUGAUGGAAAACAAGUUAACUGUGGUGAUGUAAGGAAGAAUCUCCCAGACAACCCAGAGAGAUUUGAUUAUUGUACCUGUGUCUUAGCAAAGCAGAGUUUCACUUCAGGAAGAUUUUAUUAUGAGGUUCAAGUUAAAGAGAAGACUGACUGGGAUUUAGGAGUGGCCAGAGAGUCGAUCAACAGGAAGGGACAAAUCAAACUGUCUCCUCAGAAUGGUUACUGGACGAUAUGUUUGUGGAAUAACAAUGAGUACAAAGCUUGUGCUGACCCUUCAGUCCGUCUCUCUCUGAAGCAUCAGCCUGAGAAGGUGGGGGUGUUUGUGGAUUAUGAGGAGGGUCUGGUCUCCUUUUAUGACGUUGAUGCUGCAGCUCUUAUCUACUCCUUUACUGGCUGCUGCUUCACUCAGAAACUCUACCCAUACUUCUGUCCAUGUAACAAUGAUGGUGGUGAAAACUCUGCUCCUCUUAUCAUCUCUCCUGUCAGUCACACUGAGUUUCCUCCUCAGACUGUCAACAUGUCUGCUGCCAGCUCUCUGCUGACUGAAGAUCAGUUUCUGUGCUCCAUCUGUCUGGAUGUGUUCACUGAUCCAGUCAGCACACCAUGUGGACACAACUUCUGUAAAGCCUGCAUCACUAAACACUGGGAUAAAAAUGUCCUGUGUCAGUGUCCCAACUGUAAAAAGAUUUUCAACAUCAGACCUGAACUGCAGGUCAACGCGUUCAUCUCUGAGAUGGCUGCUCAGUUCAGACAGUCAGCUCAACAGAAAGCCAGCAGCAGCAGCUCAGAGCAACAAGUUUCCAAACCAGGAGAAGUUCCCUGUGACGUCUGCACUGGAACCAAACUGAAGGCCCUGAAGUCCUGCCUGGAGUGUCUGGCCUCCUACUGUGAGACUCACCUGGAGCCUCAUCUGACAAUGUCAGGCCUGAAAAGACAUCAGCUGAUCGACCCUGUGGAGAACCUGGAAGACAGGAUGUGUACGAAGCACGAUAAACUGCUGGAGCUGUUCUGUAAGACCGACCAGAUGUGUGUCUGCAUGCUCUGCACCUAUUCAGACCACCAGGGACAUUCUGUUGUUCCUCUGAAAGAAGAAUAUGAAGGAAAGAAGGCCAAGCUGGGGAAGAGAGACGCUGAAAUUCAGCAGAUGAUCCAGAAGAGACGACUGAAGAUUGAGGAGAUGAAGCGCUCAGUGCAGCUCAGUAAGAAAGAUGCAGACAGAGAGAUAGCAGCUGGUGUUCAGGUCUUCAGAGCUCUGAAGGAGUCUGUUGAGAGAAGCCAGGCCGAGCUCAUGGACACCAUCAAAGAGAAGCAGAGAGAGACAGAGAAACAGGCUGAAGGCUUCAUCAAAGAGCUGGAACAGGAAAUCUCUCAGCUGGAGAAGAGAAGCUCUGAGGUGGAGCAGCUCUCACAGUCUGAAGACCACCUCCACCUCCUCCAAAGCUUCCCAUCACUGAACACUGCUCCACCCACCAAGGACUGGACAGGAGUCAGCGUCCGUCCACCUUCAUAUGAGGGGACUGUGGUGAGAGCUGUGAAUCAGCUGGAGGAGACGCUCAGUAAACAGAUGAAGAAGGUCGAGCUGAAGUGGGUCCAGCAGUAUGCAGUGGAUGUGACACUUGAUCCUGAUACAGCACAGCUCUACCUCAUGCUGUCUGAUGAUGGAAAACAAGUUAAACAUGGUGAUGUAAGGAAGAAUCUCCCAGACAACCCAGAGAGAUUUGAUUAUUGUGUUAGUGUCUUAGCAAAGCAGAGUUUCUCUUCAGGAAGAUUUUAUUAUGAGGUUCAAGUUAAAGAGAAGACUAACUGGGAUUUAGGAGUGGCCGAAGAAUUGAUAAACAGGAAGGGAGACAUCACACUGUCUCCUCAGAAUGGUUACUGGACGAUAUGGUUGAGGAAUGAAAAUGAGUACAGAGCUCUUGCUGACGCUUCAGUCCGUCUCUCUCUGAAGCAUCAGCCUGAGAAGGUGGGGGUGUUUGUGGAUUAUGAGGAGGGUCUGGUCUCCUUUUAUGACGUUGAUGCUGCAGCUCUUAUCUACUCCUUUACUGGCUGCUGCUUCACUCAGAAACUCUACCCAUACUUCAGUCCAUUUCUUAAUGGUGGUGGUGAAAACUCUGCUCCUCUGAUCAUCUCUCCUGUCAGUCACACUGAGUAGAACAAACAUUUGAUUUUCUACAGAAAGAUUCACAUCAUUUAAUGUAAUAAAUGUGAAUUCAUUGGUAAUGUUUGAUGUAUAUAUUGUAGAUAAUUCAGAUUUUGAUCGAUGUGUUUUUAACCUUUUUACUAUAAAUGUGUUUCUUUGUGUCACAUUGAUUUUUAGCAUUUAUUCUAAUAACUGCAUUACCUGCUUUCAGGACUG